GGGGUUUGAUCACAAGAGCCAUCCAAUCCGUCCAAUCCAUCCCAUCCAUCCAAUCCAUCCAUUCACCCCAAUCCCAAUUCCAUUUCCUUACAUUUCCUUACAUUACCUUACAUUACAUUAAAACCAUUUAUUUCAUUUCGAUCCAAACCCUCCCACGCUUUAUUAAAACAUUCCCGCCGUACUGCUCCCCAACCUCUGCCUCUACCUGCCCUUUACUUUAUCUUCCUUUACUUAUUAACUUUCCUCCGUCGCCGCACUUGGCUUUACCCUGAUUCUUGAUUGAAUUGCCAUGAGUUAGCCUUUGCUUGCAUAGCAGUAAACCACAACACCCGUCCCAUACCCAAGCUUUUGUUUUCCACUGUCGCAUAUGCUAGAUAUUUGUAACGCAGCCCGGUUUAAUUAUACAACGUCUCGAGCAUAAUCUCGACCUGGCACUGCUACCUGCCGACCGACCUGCCUGCCCAGGUACUCCAUAGCUACCGUUCAUCAUGGCGACCAGUUUCCCGUACCCAGAAUCAGUGCAUUCCAAACGCCCCAAGACAGCUUCGGUAUUGAAAGCAUUUAUGCAUAAGCGCACAACUUCCGACGGCUCGACUCUUUCGCCCGCGACUUCACCAAAUGACGUUUUUGUAGCUUCGCCAGCCUUCGAGGAUAUGCCGUCGCCGUCGGAUUAUACCCACCAUCGCGCUCUCACGGAUAUACCACGGAACCAGCAAACUUCGUCAAUCAUCUCGCCGUACACAACCUCGCAGCAAGAGGGGCUUCGACCUAAGACCGGUUAUGCGGGUAAAGGAUUGCACAAGAAGACCAUGAGCGUAUUGUCACUCAAGUCAUUGGCAGGCCCAGCAAAGGAGCCUACCAAGGGUACAUCAAUUCGGGACAAACCUUCGACGAAACCCAAAAAGACUAAAUCCUCGACCAGUCUUGUUGGACUCCUUACCCGCCCAAGGUCCUCGAAGAACCUCAAGUUAGAUGUAGAGCUAGCACAGCGCGAUUCAAAGGAUAAGGAGAAUCAGACUCCGGUGGUCUCGUCGCCUGUGCCAGAAUCCGCGACUCGUGCUUCGCGACCACCAAUAUAUUCACAAUUCUCGAGCGACAUGUUCACAAAACAACCUCUGGGAGGUAAAUUCUUAGAGGAUCAAGUCGACCUUCAUACACCUGAGCAUCAUUUACCAAGUAAACAACGAAGCUUUUACAAUGGACAAAGCUCACAACCGAGUGUUGUAAACCGAGAAGGCGUAUCGAUACGGCCGCAUUCCACAUAUUUACCCAGCAGUUUCAGUAUCCAAGACAUUCAUAGGAACAUUAGCGGGGAAAGCAAGAACAGAUCCAGUGUUGACAUUCCAAGGCGACAAGUCUCGACGGAAAAGAAAAAGAGUUUGGAUUAUCGAACUUCUAUGGAUUUAAGACCAAGACCAAGCUUUCAACGAUCUAGCACCGAAACAUCAGUUGCAUCAAUCAAAACAUCAAGUAGUACUCGGGGCUCUCGAGUCAUGGCGGCAGUUUCCAACUUUACAGCAAAGGCCAGAGGGGAUAGUGGAGUAUAUGUCCCGGUACAGACACCGACUUCUGCGACAUUUGGGCCCGACAGACCUCUCAAUGAUAGAGAUAUCGACACCGAAUUUGAGGCUAUGUUGGAUAGGCGGAACAUCCCAGAGCAUCAACGAGGGAAGAUGAGAAAUCUCGCCAAAUCCAUGAAGAAAGAUUUUAUAAAACAAGAUUGGGCCGAAACCGCUGCUGCGAGAAAUGUUAGGCCAGUCAGUCAUGGUAGUGACACAAGCGGUGAAAAUGCCAAGGUCGAGGAAGCACCAGAGGUGAAGAAAAAGAAGAGACCAAGAAGUCGAACCUUUACACUCUCGCGAUCCACUAGCAAGGAGCGACCAGCCGAAAAAGAUAAAAAGGCAGAAGGUGUUGUGGGAAACAGGAAAUCUGCAGAGUCUCUGAAUGGUGGAAGUAAAUCACUUACUUCCGCUGGCGCGCAAGUAGCACAGAAUUUAAUUGCCAAGGCAAAGGGUCAGACACCGGAUGAUUUCGUCUCAUACUUGAGGAAGGUUCAGAAACCAGAAUCGGUAGAGGUCGGAAGGUUACAUAAGCUCAGGCUAUUAUUACGAAAUGAAACAGUGGCCUGGACUGACAAUUUUGUUCGUCAAGGUGGAAUGGAAGAGAUAGUGGGAUUACUACAUAGGACUAUGGAAGUUGAGUGGAGAGAGGAGCAUGAAGAUGCUUUACUGCAUGAAGUUUUGCUUUGCUUGAAAGCUCUAUCAACCACGGCUUUAGCACUUCAACAUCUUAACAUUAUUCAGAAGACGCUUUUCCCCGCACUUCUUCAUAUGCUUUUUGACGAGGAGAAAAAGGGGCCAGCGGAAUUUACUACUCGAAACAUUGUCACUUCACUAUUAUUCACUUACCUCAAAUCAGCUACCCUUAACGAACGCGCAACCAGAGCUCGAUUCCUCCUCUCCUAUCUUCGCGACCCUGAACCAAGUGAAUCGCAACGCCCUGUUGAUUUUGUACUUGACAUGCGUCGACAGCGCCCUUAUCGAGUUUGGUGCAAAGAGGUUAGUAAUGUUACUAAAGAAGUAUUUUGGAUCUUUCUCCACAAUCUCAAUGUUAUUCCUCGCCCAGACUCCCGCCAUUCUCCAGAGCGACACGAGGAUACCCCGCCUGAUCUUCCAUAUAUGAUCAAGCAUUUCCCACAAGAACUUCCUCCAGUUCCAGCUGCACCAUAUGUUGGAGGUGUUGAAUGGGAUGCAACAAAUUAUCUUGCUUCCCACCUCGACAUUGUCAAUGGCUGCAUUGCAUCUCUACCCACUCUUGAUGAACGUAAUCAAGUCCGCGAAGAACUGAGAGUCUCCGGUUGGGAAAAGUGUAUGGGCUCUACUUUGCGUCUCUGUAAAGAGAAAUUCUAUGGUGGCGUGCAUGCGGGCUUAAGGUGUUGGGUCGCGGCUGCAAUUGAAGAUGGCUGGGAGACUAAGGAUGUGAGAUGUGGUCCUAGUGCUGAUAACAAAAGUCCGGUGCGAAAGAAUAUCAUUCCAAAGAAAGUGGCUGGUGCGGGAGUGGAAAACGCUCCUCCCAAGAUUGAUAUGAAGUUGAGCUUCGCACAGAACAGAGUUGAUGAUGGGGGGGAUGCUUGGCUUUGAGGUUGGUAAUAUAUUAUCAUCACAUUUAGCUUGAAUUGUCAGGGGGGAGGAAAUGUAAGAAGAAGACUCAGUGGUUCAUACUUCUACAUUAAAGAAACGGCAGAGAGAGCAAAGAAGAAGUAAUUGCAAAGGAAAGUGUUCACAUCACUCUAUUUUAUAUGGUUGUAUGGGCUUGGUUUAAUUGGUCGGAAGGGGCUAGGAUUUGUUGGAUGAACAGGGUCGGUGUGUUGGAGUAAUUAUUGAUUGUCCUGGAUAUUUUGUGAUUGAAGCAUAACGUUUUGUAGGAGGAUUUUGUAAAGUGAGUGGAGGAUAUGAGUGAGGAGGAGAGAAGGGGAAGAAGGGGAAGAGAUUAUGGAAGAGAGCAGAGAAGGGAGGAAGAAAGAAAGAAAGAGAUCAAGAAAGAAAGAAAGAGAGAAAGAGAUCAAGAAAGGAAGAAGACAGGGACGUGAUUGAUGAUGACUUUAUGAUAAAUGAUUCAAUGGUAGUUUUUUGCGUUAUUUGUAUCUCUUAUUUUUAAACUCUUUUUUUUUUGGUGGCUUAGCUAGCAUGCUUCUCUUUGCUUGUUUGCCUUUCUUCUACUCACUUAACUUCACUUAUUGAUCGCUGCUGCUGCUGCCGCUGCUAUGUUCUAUGUUCAAUGUUUGGAUAAUGACUUUGGUUAUCAUUGAGUGUUUGCUUAUCUUGUAGAUAGAGAGAUAGAUAGGGCUUGGGAUCGUGAUUGUGGUUGUGAUUGUGCUGGUGACGAUAGUGAUGGUGAUGGUGAUGGUGAUGAUGGUAGAAGAGGUAUUAUAAUAAUAAUAAGAUAGGAAUACUAUUCAUGAAAUGAUACA